AUGCAGAACCCUCAACCGCACAUUGAUGUCUACUAUAUAGUAGAGAGUGCAGUAUACGAGUUAGUCAAGGAGCAGUCCAAGGACCUUUUUGCCACCAGUGAUCCAGAUCAGACUAUUGCAGACUACGCCAGGAUUGUGAGGAACCUCACCACCGAUCAACAUGCACUUCUAUCAUUUAAACACCAAAUCACCAAUUCUCACAACAUUUUGGCCAACAACUGGACGACCGAUUACUCGUCUGCAACUGGGUCGGCAUCUCUUGCGCUGUUAAGCACGGUCGAUGAGUUGAGACAACUGAGUCGUCUGGAGCACAUUGACCUGAACUCCAAUCUCAUUGAUGGUGAAAUCCCGUUGUGGUUUGGAAGGUUGGAUGAAGUUUUAGAUUUGAUCCUUCGAAGCAAUAAUUUGACAGGCUUAAUCCCUCCAUCAAUAUCCAACAUGUCCAGCUUGGAGAACUUGGACUUGAACCACAAUCUCAUCCAUGGGAACAUUAACUGUGAGAUAAGCAAACUUGCUAAUCUGAGGAUACAUCGCCUGGCUCAUAACCGACUUUCAGGUCCCAUUCCUAAACCCAUUUAUGGUAUGUCCUCUCUGCGAAUGAUUUCUCAGCCACUCAAUAAUCUAUCUGGUAGUUUGCCGGAAAACAUAUGUCGUCAUCUUCCCGAUCUCGAGGCAUUUUUCUUGGAAGAAAAUGAGUUGUAA